CUCUCAGCUCCUCUCUGCUCCUCUCUGCUCUUCUCAGCUCCUCUCAGCUCCUCUCUGCUCCUCAUGUUUGGGGACAUUUUUAAAGAACAGCUGGAUUUUUAGCCACACUUUCUGGAUCUUGUUGUAAAGUUUGUUCAGCGGGAGGAUUUUUUAAUCUUUCCCGCGGUCCCCUGACACUGACCCGGCUCCCCCGCCAUGGGCUCCGUGCUGCCCGGCUCCUCUCUGGGCCUGAAGCCGGGCUUCAAGCCGCAGCAGCCGCCGCUCUCCCUCGCAGACAUCAUCACCUCGGACAUCCUGCACAGCUUCCUGUACGGCCGCUGGAGGCACGUGCUGGGCGAACAGCAGCACCACCACUCACACCAGCAUCACCUGCAGCACGAGGAUCGCACCGCCCCAAGCGCGAGCCCCAAGACCGCGUUCACCGCCGAGGUGCUCGCGCAGUCCUUCUCCGGAGAGGUGCAGAAGCUGUCCAGUCUGGUUUUACCCAGUGAGGUGAUCAUCGCUCAGAGUUCAGUCCCAGGAGAGGGUCUGGGUAUUUUCUCUAAAACCUGGAUCAAAGCAGGGACAGAGAUGGGUCCUUUCACUGGACGCCUCGUCUCACCUGAACACAUCGACCUGUACAAGAACAACAACCUUAUGUGGGAGGUGUUUAAUGAGGACGGCACAGUCAGGUAUUUUAUCGAUGCAAGUCAGGAGGACCAGCGUAGCUGGAUGACGUACAUCAAGUGUGCGAGGAACGAGCAGGAGCAGAACCUCGAGGUGGUCCAGAUCGGCAGCAGCAUAUUCUACAAGGCGGUGGAGACGAUCCCUCCCGACCAGGAGCUGCUCGUCUGGUACGGAAACUCCCACAACACCUUCCUGGGAAUCCCUGGAAUUCCUGGAGGAGAGGAAGACCAGAACAAGAAGACCAAGAGCGAUGAUUUCCACACCUGUGAAGGUUCCACGUCCUCCUCGUCUUCCUCCUCUUCCACCAGUCUGGGGCGCAUGCGGUGUGUUAUCUGUCACCGUGGCUUCAACUCUCGCAGCAACCUGCGCUCCCACAUGCGCAUCCACACACUGGACAAGCCGUUCGUCUGCCGCUUCUGCAACCGCCGUUUCAGCCAAUCAUCCACGCUGAGGAACCACGUCCGGUUGCACACCGGAGAGCGUCCCUACAAGUGCCACGUCUGCCAGUCGGCGUACUCGCAGCUGGCCGGCCUGCGGGCGCACCAGAAGAGCGCCAGGCACCGUCCCACAGGGGAUGCCGCGGCCCCAGGAGGUGGUGUGGUGGUGGUGGGAGGAGGUGGAGGGGGCGUGCACUCGGCGCGCUCACCUCCUCCUUCUCACCCACCACAGUUGACCGCCGUGCCCCACCCAGCAUCCCUGGUUCACCACAUACCCAACAUGGUGCUGUGA